AUGAAAAAACAGAAAUAAAUUUCAUGGCAUCGCACCAAUGUUAGAUGGGUAUUUCUGGGCUUAACUUGCUUAUUUUAAGUUGGAUGCUGCAUUUGCAUAGAUUUCCCUUCGGUAUUAGCAAGUUAAAUCUAAUCUACUUUUAAUGUUGGUCAAAAGGAUAUCAAUUACCUAUUCUCUAUUUAUUCGAUGCCCAAUAUAGUUUUACCCUUUUUCGGUGGAAUUAUAAUUGAUAAAAUCGGAGUUAGAAGUGCUUUGAUAAUUUUUUGUUCGUUUUUGGUAAUUGGAUAAGGAUUGUGUGUUUAAGGAGCUCAAGAGAAAGAUUUUAAUUUAAUAAAAUUGGGAAUGCUCUUUUUAGGAUUAGGAGGAGAAGUUUGCUUAUCAGUAGCUUAAAGUGCUGUGCUUACAAAAUGGUUUUUAGGAUAAGAGAUGUCAUUAGCUUUUGGUGUAUAAAUUACAUUCAUUCGGGUUGGCUCAGUUAUUGGUGCCAAUUGGCUACCAAAGGUGUAUAUUUAGUAUGGAAAUAGCUUUACUGCUUGUAUGGUUUUUUGUUUCGUUUUCAUUUUGAUUACAAUGCUUACUAGUUUCGUUCAAUGUACAUUAGAUAAAAGAAGUGAUACAAGAGAUAAAGAGUAGAUGAGUUAACAAGAAUUAUCUGAAUUAGAAUAACAACCACCAGUGAAUUGUAGUGAUGUCAAAGAUUUUAGAUUCGAUUUCUACUUAUUGUCUAUCAGUUGCGUAUGCAGUUAUAGUGCAUUUCUUAUCUUAUAGUCGAAUGCAAUACGCAUGUUCCAAAUCAGAUAUAAUCUAACUUUAACUUAAUAAACUUUUCUUUACACUUUACCAUACUUUAUUAGUGCAUCAAUAACUCCAAUAAUCGGGUUUUUUAUAGAUAAAAUUGGGAAGAGACCAAUAUUUUUAAUAAUUUCUGGUAAUUUAUUAUUAUUGUCCACAAUAAUAUUUUCUAAGAAUGUAGAUUGUUCAAUUGAAGAUCAAUGUUUUAGUUUAGUUCUUUUGGCUUAAUUGAUUAAUGGAAUCUUUUUUGCUUUGUAUGCACCUGUGAUUUGGCCAUGUAUACCAUUAUGUGUGAAUGGCAAUUCGCAAGGAACUGGAUUUGGAAUUAUUGGUUCCAUUUAAAAUGCUGGUUUGACUGCAUUUCCAAUUAUUGUGGGUAGAAUUCUGUUUGUUGAAAGUGCUGAAAGCUAUUAGUAUAUGAUAUAUUUCCUUGGAUUUGUCACAAUCCUAGCUAAUAUUAGCAAUAUUAAUAUCUAUUUUUAUGAUAUCUAUCAUGGCAACAAAUUGAUGUCACCUACAAUUAAAUUACCAGAAUACGAAGUUGUUGCAGAAUAAGAAGAAUAAAGCAUUAAUACUCGAAUUGAAUGA